CACACAGACUGAGCUUACAAAAGCAAACUCUCUUUAAGUCCUCUCUCUCUCUCACAGAUUCAUAACAGAGUUUCGAACAACAAGCUCUUCCUUUUCCGCCUCAUCACUCAGUUCCAUGAUCUCCAUGUUUUGGCGAAAGCCGUCUCAGAAGGAUGAGGAGAAUGAUUCUUCACAAGACACAAAGCAAGCAGGUCAGUGAACUCAGGGCUGCAAUUGGACCCCUAUCUGGACGUAGGUUACAGUAUUGCACUGAUGCAUGUCUGGGGAGAUAUUUGGAAGCUCGAAAUUGGAAUGUAGAAAAGGCAAAGAAAAUGUUGGAAGAGACAUUGCAGUGGCGGUCAACCUAUAAACCAGAGGAAAUUCGUUGGCGUGAAGUAGCACAUGUAGGUGAGAACGGCCUAGUGUCCAUAGCAGAUUUUCGUGAUCGAUUUGGGAGGACUGUCCUUAUAAUGAGGCCGGGGAUGCAGAAAACAACAGCAGGAGAAGGUAAUCUCCGUCAUCUAGUAUAUCUCGUGGAGAAUGCUAUCCUUAACCUUCCUGAAGGUCAAGAACAAAUGACAUGGUUGAUAGACUAUACGGGAUGGUCAUUGAACACCAAUGUUCCCAUCAAAGUAGCCCGAGAUAUCAGUUACGUUUUACAGAAUCACUACCCUGAGAGACUUGGUUUAAUCGUCCAAUAUAAUCCACCGAGAAUCUUUGAGGCAUUUUGGAAGGUUGUGAAGUAUUUUGUGGAUGCGAAAACUUUUCAGAAGAUCAAGUUUGUUUAUCCAAAGCACAAAGACAGUGAAGAGGUCAUGAAGUCAAAUUUUGAUGCUGAAAACCUUCCAAGUGAGUUCGGGGGAAAAGCUAGUUUGAAUUAUGACCAUGAAGAGUUUUCAAGAUUGAUGGCGCCGGAGGACGUGAAAACUGCUAAAUUCUGGGGAUCUGAUUGUAAGACAACGCAAGUAGGAGCAGAGGUGAGUCCAGAGCCAGCCAGUUAGUCUUGCAAUAUCAUCGGCAAGCUGAGUGAGAAUACAUAAAAGAGAAUUUAAAAAAAGCUAUAUAACAUGUAGAUUGGAUCAAGGACUGAGUCAGCCGAUGGGGACUCGUGUACUGAAUUUACUGAUUGGAGCUGAAUUUACCUUUAUUUUUUUUGAACUAUGAGGGGAGAUUCUUCUUCUCCUUCAAAUGACCCAACUGUGUCGAUUAACCAUUGAUAAAUUUCUUGAUUUGAUCAGUGUACUGAGCUUCAUUGUUCUAUCUUUCUUUUUGGACAAUAAA